AUGACUUCAUCAAAAUUUGAAAUAAAUGAUGACAUACUUGAUUUUUUAAUCAAGAAAGCAAAUGGAAUAAAAGGCCUAGUAGAUAGAAGCCUUGAAAUUAUCCCAAAUCAAUGUAUUCAACCAAAAGAACACAGACUAAACAAAUCCCAAAUUGACAAUCAAGAAUCAAUCCCAACAAUUGAUUUAUCGACUUUUUAUGAUUUGAAUGUUGAAAAGUCAAUUCAAGAAGCAGCAGCCAAGUGGGGUUGCUUCCAAAUCAUCAAUCAUGGGAUCCCAAUUGGAGUUCUUGAAGAUUUGAAAGAUGCAGCACACAAGUUCUUUGAAUUGCCAGCUGAAGAAAAGAUCAUGAGCAAUGAUCGAUACAAGAGUAUUGAGCAUUGUGUAGCAGUUGAUUUAGGCAAGGCUCGAAUAUCUGUACCGCUAUUCGUGAAUUCUAGCCUUGACAGUUUCAUUGGUCCAUUUCCACAAAUGCUAAAAGAUGGAGAAAAACCAGUGUACAAACAUGUCUUGCAUUCUGAUUAUUGGGAUUAUUUCUAUCGUAAAAGGCCCUCUGGAAAAGAAUCACUAGAUUUUUUUAAAAUUUGA